CUCGGCGCCAAGGUGGUCCCAGCUCAGCGGUGCUCGUGCCCCUGUCCAGGCGUCCCCCCCCGUUCUGUCCACCAAAGCUUCCAUCAAGCCCCAUGUCCAGCUCGAGGUGCCAUCCUGUCUGCGGGUUCCUUCUCUAAAUCGUCUCCUCCUGCUCCUCCUCCUGCUCCUCCUCCUCCUUGUCCUCCUCCUCCCUCUCCCUCUCCCUCUCCUCUUCUCCACCCUCACCGUCCGUCCACUUCCGCUGCCACCUCACGCAACGCUCGUCCAGCGUGAAACCGUGGGUGUGUGCGUGAGCGCCGACGUGUGACUGUGUAUACCAGCAGCGCUCCGAUCCGUCACUCCCAGCUGCGUGUGCGCCGGUCCGCUCGUUCCGUUCAUUCUCCCCGCCGUCGUUCCUUUUCCCAGAGCAAAGUCUCGGGCACCCGAAGCCUUGGAACAAAGCAGAGCAGAGCUUCAAGACUCGCCGUCGACCGUCCUUCGCGCAUCACCGCCUUUUCUCGCUCGGCAUCAGGUCCGGCUCGCUUUCUACCCUCCUUUGACAGGGCCCGACGCAGUACAGUCUAGUAUCACUAAACCCAGCCUGCGGGUCUGAGACAACCCUCGUUCACUCCCGACAAUAAACACGCGCCGCGCACGAUAGCGCACCCAUACAUUCGUUUCUCCCUCGACUUGGGAUACCCUUGGCAUUCCUGCCGCGUUCUGCGUCAAGUCCCCUCACUCUCCUGAGCGGCUGACGUUAUAUCCCCGCCCGCGCUUGACGAAAGUGUACUUGACGUUUCCUCCCGCCGCCUGGUCAAGAUGCCGCACCACCAACAUCGCCAUCUGCAUGACAGGCGUGACAUCGGAGACGAAUUCGACCGCUGGAUGGACAAGAUGAACCCCUUCAAGGACAAUGGCGGCGGCGGCGGCAACAACAACAAUGGUAAGGUCCAGAGAGACGACGGCGACGACGGAACGCUUGUUCGCACCGUUUACAAGACCAUGGAGCCGACCUUCAAGGGUCCCGUCGCCGGAUACUCCACCAUUGGCCAACAGGCCAAGGACACGCCUACCCAAAGGCCGCCACCGCCGCCUCCCAGCUCUGCUCCAACACCAAAGCCGGAGCCCAAGACAACUCCCACUGAGGAAAACAAGACGCAGCCGCCGACGACAACACCACAGGAGCACACCAAGUCAACGCCAAUGCCCUCGGUAAUACCCAACACCAGUCUGUCCUCGGUCGACUCUGUAAUUGCAAAGGCCACUGUUGACCCUUCGUCUACGCGCGCCACCCGUCUUGGCGAUGGCCAACCAUCAUCCACUCUUGGCGUGCCCUCACCGAGCUCUACCGCCGACUCGUCAAAGGGUGACCAAGGACCGAGCACCGGGGCCAAGGCCGGCAUCGCUUUUGGUGUACUCGGCGGCCUCCUUGUGGUCGGUCUGCUCGUCUUCUUCCUGUUCAACCGCCGCCGCAAGGCUGCCACCGAGCGCGAGCAGCUGGACGAUGACGAGAAGCAUCACUUUGGCGCCGCUCCCGCCCCUAGCCCGACCCCCUUCGAGCCCGCUUCUGCGUCUCAGGCUGACCCCAAGGCCCCGCGAAUCAGCCUGCGUCCCGUCACUCAAUUCCUUCCCAACUGGAACGGCCUUGAUAACAAGCGCUCCAGCAAGGGGGCGGGCAUGAUGCUCGGCGGGGCUGCCGCCGGUGCCGCUGCUGGCGCGUCGGCGCGAGCUGUCGGCGGCAGCGCCUGGGAGCGCCCUGGCACUAGCCAAAGCACCAACCCUGCCAACCCAUUCGGCAACCAGGCCGAGCGAGUCCCGAGCCCGAUCAAGGAGGAGAGAAGCCAUGGUCGUGCCAGCCCGUCUCCCGUCAACGGGUCCGUCAACGGCUCUGGCCCCACCACCCCCCGAUCCGUUUCGCCGCCGAGCCCCGUGGACCCACUAACCGCGAAUGGACCUGUUAUCGCCGCCGCCGCCGCUGGCACUGCUGUGGGCGCGGGUGCAGCAGCCGGCCUGGCUCGCAAGACAUCGAUGCGCAAUGGCGGCCCGAAGAAUAUCGAUCUGACGUUGCCUCACCAUCCUGGCACGAUACCCCCGAGUCCUGCCGGUACUGAGUUCAGUGUUUCUUCGGUGGCGCCCGGCACUGCUGCCCCGGCUUCCAGUGGUGCCGCCGCCAUCGCAGCGGCGGGUGGUCCUCAGAAUUCCGCCGUGCACCGAGUCCAGCUUGAUUUCCAACCCACACUGGAGGACGAGAUGGGCCUCAAGGCUGGUGAGCUGGUCCGUCUGCUCCACGAGUACGACGACGGUUGGGCCCUUGUCAUUCGCCUGGAUCGAUCGCAGCAAGGCGUGGUGCCUCGAACCUGCCUGUCCACCCGUCCGGUCAAGCCUCGCCCUCCUCCAGGGGCCGCCCGUCCUGGCCCCCCCGUGAACCCCAACGGCCGGCCUCGAGGACCAAGCGUCAGCAACGGACAGCGCUCGAUGGCUCCGCAGGGCAUGCCUCACGGUGGCCGACCCGGCCGCCCCGAAUCUCCGUCUCAUCCGCGCAUGGGGCCUCCCGGCCCUGGCCCUCGCCCGGCCUCGCCGGCUGGGUAUGGCGGUCGACCCCAGUCGCCCAUGGGUACGGGCCGCCCGAUGAGCCCCGGCCCGCGAGCGCAGUCCCCGGGACCGAGGCAAGGUCCCUCUGGUACGCCACAAAGCCCCAACAGCUCAGCUCGGCGGGUGAGCCCGCUCGGGCCCAGUCCGAUGAACCCUCAGUCUUCGCCCCAGGAGCCUAUGUCUCCAGGAUCUUCCUCUGGGCCACCUGCGGGCCCCGUUGGCAGGAAGCCGGUCCCUGGCCAGGCAUAUUGAAUGGGCAGUCGCCCUCCUUGAGCAUCUGCCCCCGGGCGGCCGACUUUACAAAUAAGCCGGCGUGACCUGCAGCAAAAAAAGAUUGGCGUUUGGAGACGUGGUGCGGCAUGGAUACCGCACGACGCGAUUUUGUGCUUAUGAUCCUAGACGAUCGAAGGAACGCAUUUUGAGCAUUUCAACCUUCUCUACGCUCUUUCACCGCCCUUUUUAUUUUGGAACCGUGCUUCGGGGAACCUCCGUUUGAAGGGCUUCCGGGGCCGGUGCAAUUUCCAUGUUGAUAUAUAUCCUUUUCACAUACGGUCGUCGGCAGGCUUUCUCGGUCCAUGGCACCUCUUCACCGACGCUACGAAGUAUGGACGAAAGGACAGGAUGCUUGUCGCGUGCCACGAAGAUGCAAGCUGGAAUGCCGGAACGCCAUACUCGUAAUGUCCGAAUGUCUAUUUGUUCUUCCCCGCCCUGCGUCCCGUAGCCGGAAACGAACAUUGGGGUGUCUUCAGGGUCCAGCGUGUAUAACGCAGUGAGUGCUGGACGGGGGUUGGUGGUGGAUGGCCAUGUGGUAGCUGGGGCAUGAUGGUCGAGGGGAGGACGUCACGCUUGUCCAGAUAGGAAUGAUGAGACGUUGCUGCAAUCAUGUCGGCCUCUUCAUAUCACCGUGAUUGUCGAAGGCUUGAAUGAUGUCGUCCGCGUUUUGUGUCCCAUGUCGGGCCGGGUCGCGCCCAGGUCGAUGCUCCUCUUCCCGUAGCGAGUAUGUCGUUCUGGCUCUGGCUCUGGUUCUAUCUGGGUCAACGGGCCCAGGGAUGCGAGAGAUAUCCGAAAAGGAACAUGAACAUGGACGUUUAUUGGAUCGCCGUGGUUCCAUUACUACCUAUAUACUGGCUAUAGCCCUAUG